AGAAUUCGAAGCUGUAUUUUUCAGUGUAAAAUCUUCCAGUACUAUUACCUCCUCCCCCUCUUACAGUCCUCUGUUACCUCGUAAUGCCCACCAUUCUUUACAGUUUCGUUGGCAACCCAUCCAGUUGCUUUCCAUUUCGAUUAUCGUUAAGAGAUUCUGGGAAAAUCAGGCAAAUAUCGACAACAGACACCAAAAUCCACCGAUGACGGCUGUGCAAACUCGAAAGUACUUGUCUCCAUUACCAUCUCAUCUGUCACAUUACCUUCGUUAUGUUGACAAACCUGCUGAUCGUUUCCUCCGUCUUGACAGCCAUCAGACAGUUGUUUCUUUGGCGUAACAUAAUCUACCCUUUAUCGAAAAAUGUUUGCUCCUCAAGUGCUUUGUGUCAACAGAUACAGGCAAAUUUUGAUUCAUCCUCUGACAUAUAUUGUUUUAUCAAAGUGAUACGCACAAUAUCGUUUUCUUUUGUAAUUGGCGUAUUUCUUUCCAGUUUAACGUCGUAAACAUAGUUCGUGGAACUGUUUGGAAAUAUAGGAAAUCAGCCUAGCAACAAGAAGGCAAUAUUUACCUGUAUGUGACCCAGUUUCUUUUGUUCAUACUCUUAUUUUGUUAAGGAAAAAGGAUUGGCAGACUGUUUUCCACAUCCACAGCUGAGAAAGAUGUUUAUCUAAACGAAAUGUAUCGUAGGUCAAACGGGCACAGGUAAAAAAAGAAAAAGGUUGUUGCUAGGGACGCUGACCUCGCUUUUUCACCAGGUUAGUGAAAGGCAACGACCAACCAUUUCACCUUUGAUCCAGUUUACUUGGGUAUAUAAAGCCCCACGAUUUUCUUCGAAAGACACACACUUCAUCUUCACAAGUCUUCCAGUCAACAUCUCAACUCACCAUUUCAUCAUGAACACCUUCAAAUCUGUAGUUAUGAUCUGCGUCCUGCUCGCUGCUUCUUGCUCCGGCCAAUACAUGUCGCAAUCAUCGAGCCAGGCAUCGCAAGCAGCAAAUGCUGGCCACAGUGGAAUGAUGGCCGGUCAAUCAUCUUUCGCUGCCCAGGGCCAGCAGGCUGGUAUGAACAGCCCAGUAUUCGCUGAACCAGCCAAGCCGGCAGCUAGCCCAGCCUUGCCAGCUGCCCCAACAACUACCCAACAGAUCUGCUCUUGCAUUACUAUUAACCCAACAGCAUCAGCUCAUCAAUCCGCUCCAGUUGCUACUUCCUCCGCCGCUGAAUCCUUCGCCCAGGCCGCUGCUCCCGCUGCUGAACAGCAGACAUUCUCUGCUCCCGCUGCUGCCCAGCAACAAUCUUUCGCUGCCCAGUCAGCUUCUGCCCAAUCCUAUGCUUCGCCCGCUGCUCAGCAAUCCGCUACCGCCCAGCGCGCUUACUAAAAAUGUUUUAACAAUUAACUAUCACAAUUCUAUCGCUCGAUUGAUUGGAUCGUCGAGUUCACAUUAUACUCUUCUCCUUCUGUAGUACGGUUACAAAUCUUAUUACACUUAUUCCGAAAUCAA